ACAACAUGUUUCAUUUGCUUUUCGUCGUCCGUGUCCUCGUUCGGAUUUCUUUUGCUCUCCUUUGCCCGUUGCUCGUCCCGUUCUCUUCGGUGAUCUGCACCAACCAUGCCGACCGUCCGGCUCGUCCUCUGGGUUAUCCACACCUGGCACACUCGGGAGUCUCCUGCGUCACAUCCUAGCAUGAUCAAAAUCGCCAGCAACCCUCUUUGCAUUAAGUUGUAAU